AUGACGUCUCUCAACUAUCCCAGCGACCAGAAAACUACGAGAAAAGUCUUUACUCGACCUGCCAACCUGCACCUUGCUUGGUCGGCCAGUAGGGAUGCGAGCUCAUCACCAGAUCACGGUAAAUCCAGCUCUUCAGCCGGCGUACUGCACAAGCCUUAUUUUCCUUCUGCACCACCUCAGAUAAGCAUGUCGGCAGUAUCUCAUCCUUACAAUGUAUUUGUGCCUGCGCCUCGAAAUGGAGACAUCGGUGGCACGAGUGAGACCCUCAAGUCAUCAUCCUCUGCGCCGAGCUUCCACCUGCCAUCAAGACGCUCACUUUCGCGCUCGUCCGAUCUGUUGUUGAAGACCGGUCACUUGACGUUGAGAACGGCCGCAGACACGACAUGCAGGAGAGGAGCUCUCGGUGGGUUCGAGAAGGCCUUGCGAAGGAGGCAGGCAGCGAAGGACCAGGUCACCGACAGGGAACAAGAGGUGUUCGUCACUUUGGAUCGCCACGAUCCGACUUCGACGAAUUCGUUGGAGCAAGACUUGAUGUCCUGGAACUUUCACAGCGCUUCUAGCCAUUUGAAGGUCUCGAAUGAGCCCUUCUUGGCUAGUCCCGGCGCCAGUGAUCCUUCUGCCUUCGACAACGAUGGACUUGCAUCUUUUCAGCCACGCCCGGUGCCGUCAUGUCUUUCCGAUCAGAGCAGAUGGAUCCCUCCACCCAGCUGGGAUGUGCUCGAUACUCUUUCAGACAGCCAAGAUCUUCAUUCGAGAUCGCCAACAUCCACAAUUUCGGACCCUCUCCAGACACCGCGGACAUCGCAACCAGGAAGCCCGAUGGAUCCAGAAUUCUACCUCAAUCUUUACACGCGCAAUGAUGCCAAAUGUCGCGGGUCUUCCCAUGGCAGUCUACAGCUGAGGUUCCGGCUUACACGCUCCAGUACGGUGGAGAUGCAGCCGUGCCCUUCUGAGGUCGAUCAUCCCGACGACUCCAAGCAACUUCGACGAAGGCAGCUGGUCAUCACGGGAGAUGCUCUAGGCGCGAGCAACUCGGUGCGUUUCGAGAACAAUCAUCGAGGAUCGGCCAACUCGGUCUGCAUAUUAAGCUCUGCCAACGUGGCAGACUUGAAUGAAUGGCUCGAAAGUAUCGAAAGCGUCAUCAACCAGUGCAGAUAUCUCGGAAGGCACGGCCUGGACGCGGGGCAGUCGCACGAUUAUUUUGGAAGGCAGCACCUGGGUGCCAGACGCUCUAGUGGAUCCAUGCCCGAGACCAUUCGUCUCUUGGAGCAGCUCAAGGGGCACGAGGGUCACGCGGAAUAUCUCGAGGAAAUGGACGAGCAAUCAACUCCGAUGGUGAACUCUCUCUCGUUGCCCUCUCUUGUUGUCCCGACCUCUUCGACCCGGCUGUCCACUCAAAGCACGAUUCACACGCAUUCCGACUUCUCGACGUCCCCCUUUAUCGACUAUUACGCCGUUACUGACGAUUAUGGCUUCGAGCCCGAUUCAGCCGCAGACUGUCCGCAGAGCACUGCAGCCCAAUCAGCUUCAGGUUCGUUGUACAGCUUCGAAGACGCUUACAUGAGCAUCAUGCGGCGUUAUGCGGACAGUGACUUCGAGAGAGACCUCUCAAAACCUCUCACAGUUCCUUCAGAAAGACUUGUUGAACACGCUCGUACCGAGAACCUGGAUGUGCCCGUGUCGCCAUGCAGCUUCGAAUUCGGACGGGAGGAUUGGGACUCCGAAGUAGAGGCACCUGGCAGUCCACUGGAUCCGUGGCUCACACAACAUGCCGCACGAUCUGUAACGAGUCUUUCGACGAGCCUCUCGAGCAGCGUCUUGGGCGACGACACUGUGAUGCAGAUCUUUGCCGAAGGGUUCCGACGUCGAUCGUCCUCUCAUCUCGGUCUUUGA